AUGUUUCUCAAUAAGUCCGCCUGGUUCUCAUCCAGUGUGCCGGACACACGUCAACACUACUGGACACUCGAGGGGGGAACCGUGACCAGUUGGAGGACAGCAGAUUAUCUCUUCAGCGAGGAUGCUACAUGUCCAGAUACUCUGAGGAUAUUUGAGAGCAGAGAGUACCUGUGUCAGAAGGUGACCAUUUUUCACAGCUUUUUUCUGUCGGUGUGUGAGAAGCGUCAGAGCGUGAAGUCUGUGUGCAUCUGUCACUAUGUGCUGCCUCCAGCCUCCGUGCAGGACGAAUUUAGGCGCGUAGUGGGGAGGAUGAUUUGGGAGUGUGAGGACGAGCAGCCAGAACCACCGCUGUGA